AGGGACACUCAGAGGGACUUUGACUCUCCUUUGUGAGCAACCUCCUCUACUCCUCUCUCAGAGAGCACUCUCAUACCUCCUUCUCAGCAGCUCUAAGACACAGGCACCAUGACAAGCACCAGGUCUGUCCGCUUCAGCACCAGUGGCUCCAUGAGGAAGUCUGGCUACUCCAGCCAGUCAGCAUACGCAGUUCCUGCCAGCUCUAGCAGGGUCAGCACAGUGACCAGUGUCAGGAGAUCUGGCGUGGGUGCCGGUCCAGGCUUCGGUGCAGGAUUUGGUGCUGGAGGCAGCAACUACAGCUUCAGCAGCAGCAGUAUGAGUGGAGGCUACGGUGGUAGUCUUGGUGCUGGUUUUGGUGGAGGUCUCGGUGAUGGCUUCGUUCCACCUCACAUCACCGCUGUAACCGUCAACCAGAGCCUGUUGGCCCCCCUUAACCUAGAAAUUGACCCCACAAUUCAGGCUGUCCGCACUCAGGAAAAAGAGCAGAUCAAGACCCUCAACAACCGCUUCGCCUCCUUCAUUGACAAAGUGCGUUUCCUGGAACAGCAGAACAAGAUGCUGGAGACCAAAUGGAGUCUCCUUCAGGAACAGACCACCACCCGCUCCAACAUCGAUGCCAUGUUUGAGGCCUUCAUUUCUAACCUGCGCAGACAGCUCGAUGGCCUGGGAAAUGAGAAGAUGAAGCUGGAAGGAGAGCUGAGGAACAUGCAGGGCAUGGUUGAGGACUUCAAGAACAAGUACGAAGAUGAGAUCAACAAACGUGGUUCAGUAGAGAAUGAGUUUGUUCUGCUCAAGAAGGAUGUUGAUGCAGCCUACAUGAACAAGAUUGAGCUGGAAGCCAAAGUUGAUGCUCUUCAGGAUGAGAUUAACUUCCUCAGGGCAAUCUAUGAGGCUGAACUGCGUGAGCUCCAGUCUCAGAUCAAGGACACAUCAGUCAUUGUGGAGAUGGACAACAGCAGAAAUCUGGACAUGGACGCCAUUGUGGCUGAAGUUCGUGCUCAGUAUGAGGACAUUGCCAACCGCAGCCGUGCCGAAGCAGAGAGCUGGUACAAACAGAAGUUUGAGGAGAUGCAGUCCUCUGCUGGUCAGUACGGUGAGGACCUCCGCUCAACCAAGGCUGAGAUUGCAGAACUCAAUCGCAUGAUCGCCCGCCUGCAGAAUGAGAUUGAUGCCGUCAAAGGACAGCGUGCCAACUUGGAGGCUCAGAUCGCUGAGGCUGAGGAGCGUGGAGAGCUGGCAGUGAAGGACGCCAAGCUCCGCAUCAGGGAUCUUGAAGAUGCCCUCCAGAGGGCCAAGCAAGACAUGGCCCGCCAGGUGCGCGAGUACCAAGAGCUCAUGAACGUCAAACUGGCCUUGGAUAUUGAGAUCGCCACCUACAGAAAGCUGUUGGAAGGAGAGGAAAGCAGACUGUCCAGCGGUGGAGCUUCCGCCACCAUUCACGUGCAGCAGUCCUCUGGAGGUCUCUCCUCUGGGUUCUCUGGUAGCGGCUCUGGAUUCGGGUAUGGCGGUGGUUUCAGUAGCUCUUCAGGAUUUGGUGGUGGAUCAGGAUACAGUAGUAGCUCCAUCCGCAAAACCAGUGUUUCCAGUGUCAGCAGUAAACGCUAUUAAGGAGAAGCGUCCCCCAAUCUAUACCAGCAUCCUAUCUUCCUUACUUGCAACUAGAUCACUUGAACCUUCUUACAACUCAAACCAUAUAUGGUGCUAUAUUCUAGCCAGACAGCUAUCCCCUGUUAAUGAGGAGAUGAGGACAAUGAUUUCUUAAACAUAAAAUAAGUUUUAGGUUGCUCUGUGAAUUGAUGGUAGUUACCCAUAACAUACAUCUCUUGACUGGUGGUGUCACUACCAUUUUAAAUCAUCAAUCCAACUACACUAAAAUAUCACCAGAAAGAAUGUGCUCCCAGACACUGAAUUUGUUUAUUUCUGCACUGAUAUAUAUGAGAAAAGUGAGACUUGAAUGAAAUAUAUAAGCAUGGAAACCACUGGAGCCAAUUAGACCUUUAACAACAAUAGGAUUUCAGUCUCAUUAGCAUAACCACAAGCAGUACCAUGGUUUCACUGGAUCAGAGAUGUGCUGUACAGGUCCUGAAUGUCCUGGUUGAAUGUUUUGUGCUGUUACAAGCUCCCUGCUGUAUUUCUGUUAACUAAUAUAACUUUUGUCAUUAUGCAUUGGCUGUCAGUAUUAGUUUACCUAUUUACUAUUAAUAGUACAAUACUGUCAGCCCGUAACUGAUGACAAUGACUUGUGGGCUUCCAAUGUGCAGUUACCUCACAUUCAAGGGAGAUAGGAGAUCUGUUACAACAAAAAACAUGCACAAUGGCAUUUCUGUGGGCCAUCCCUCUUAAACUUUGUGUACUUGCCAAGUUGAGAGCUUCAUUUACUGUGGCGACUGUACUACCUGAUACUUUCCCCUGUAUUCAAACUGCUUCCAGAGCAUAUUUUUCAGUCCCUGUUAUCAAUGGAAAAAUGCAACAAAACUGAAACCAUGUUCAACCAGAUUUAUGUUGUAUUGAUUGACUUGACAUCAAAUGAAUAUCUGAAUACAAUAAAUCUGAGACUACAA